UCAUUCUUCGGCCGUACUCUCCUUCUCCCCUUCGGCUCUGUCUCUCUCUGCCUUAUGCUCCUCGGAUACAUCGGCUCUCAACACAAGAGUCGAGCUGAUGAUCACAGUUAACGUCGUGCUCUCAUCAUGCCAAGUACUUCCUAUCGAAACUACCUUAUCCAGCACUUCGAGCCUCAUUUCACGUUAGUGGAACGGGGACUUGAGUUCCUGAUCAGAGUCGAUGUCAUGUUUUCAUUAAUAGUAUGCCAGUCCUGAGCACAUUCUUAAUCUCACAUGAUUCUCAGCCGAACAUACCACUUCCUCUUCCGUUCCAUCGCCCUCGAAUGGAUUCGAAAUACUCUGUCGACGCCAUCACAGCUGCUAAGAGUCUGCAAGUCUUUACGUUCAUAUACACGUCGAUGGCUACAUUUUGGACAUACGACUAUGCCUGCUCGAUGCGUGAGGAGGGAAUAUUUUUGCUUUAUUCCAGCUGGAACAGGGUAAAAAUGUUGUACGUUGUGACACGAUAUGUGCCUUUCCUUCUUUUUUCUGUGCACUUGUAUUUGAACUUCGUCCCGAAUGAGACCUCCAACAUGUGCCAAUCUAUCAACAAUAUUUGCUCAAGUUUUAGCUUGAUAUCCAGCGUCUGCUCAGAAUGCUUCUUCAUCCUUAGGACUUACGCGCUAUGGAAUAACGAUAAAGUCGUUUUGGCAGCUAUGCUAUCAACUUUUGCAGCCGUAAUUGUGGGGUCCAUGGUUGCCCUCUUUACUGCAACUGUGACUGCGCCGUUUGAGACCAGUGCAAUUCCAGGCAUCACAGGCUGUUAUCAGUCCUCAGGAAGUGCUAGGCUUUUUGUCCCUUUCCUUCUUUUGUUCGGAUUAGAAUUGAUGCUGAUUUCCCUCACGCUCACAUGUGCCAUACGAAAUUGGCGUACAAAUAACAGCAGUUUUUAUGUUGUUAUAUUGAAACACAAUGUGUUAUAUUAUGCAUGUGGUCUGUUUUUCUCGACCGUGAAUGUUCUGACAUCGCUGCUGCUCGAUUACGCGUAUAGCGGCAUGUUCCAAGAUUUCCAAUUCAUCAUUCAUGCCAUACUCGCCACUCGAAUGCACCUCUAUCUAUGGCAUGCCGACCACAAUCGUGAUUGUAAUACCUCGGAUCUAAUCUCUCUCUCCCAGUUAGCACCCGCACCUCAUAUCGAGUCGGCCUAACUAUCAGCGUAUUUGCUCUCACAGAGCGAUCUGGAAAGAAGUGAAGAUUGCGACUGCUACAUUUGGUUUGGCCGGCGAGAUCAGAUCAUCACUUGUGAUGUUGUAACAGGGAAACUCAUGCAUGCGUCCGAAAUGGCUCCUAGAGGGCCACAGACGAUUCUCGUUGAUGGGCCCGUCGGAAUCGGUAGAGGUCUUUGAAUCAGUGUAGAUUUACUGUAUAAUAAGUGCAACAAUAUCUAUGAGGCGCGCUCCUUACUUUGUCUUGAAA